AUAUUGCAAAUAUUUUUAGAUCCUAUUCCAUCAGAUGAAAUUAAAUGCUAUAUUCACGGUGUGUCGAAUGUUAAAAGCUCUGGAAAAACCAACUAUUUCAGUUGCCAGUUACAAACGGAAUCGUCCGGAGUGGUUCGCGCUGUUUGCUUUUCCCCUGAGAAGAGACAGGUACUUGAACAGUACGAAGAAAAAAAGUCGCCAGUAAAGCUGUCGAAGUUUCGAAUAAACGAGAAAGAAGGCAGCAAAGAUGUUAUCAUCAACAAGUAUACGAAUGUGAUUAAAGCUGAAGAGACUGCAGAGUUCAAGUGCACCCCGCUGCCCAAUUCAUGUGUGCUGGCAAUUUCGUCUGUAAACCAAGUGGCAACGGGUCAGUUGGUUAGUCUCCGUGCAAAAGUGGCUCAGCUAUCUUCUGUGAAAGUGAUCAACACCACAAUGGGUCCUCUGCGAAAGCAAGAAGCACAAGUUGUUGAUAAGACGGGCUGCAUUAAGCUAAUCCUUUGGGAAGACGAGGUGGAUGUGUUGGACAUUGAGAAAACGUACGUGAUGAAAAACAUUCGAGUGAAGCAAAACCAAGGAGAAAAGUAUGUGAACACCGCGAAAGGUGAAAAAUUCUUGUACGAGGAAACAGAAGCGUAUGACGAAGUAGUCGAAGUUGAAGAUUACGAAUGCCCAAGCGAAGCACAGAUUUUCGGGACUGUUGUUGGGGUGAGAAACGUGGCAAAGUAUUAUUCGUGUUUUUCCUGUUCCAAAAAAGUUAUUGUUGAUGCAAGAGGGAAAAUUGGCAAUUGCUCUUCGAAGUCGUGUAACAUGGUGCAGAAGGUAUCUUCGUGCAACAGUCAAUGGUUUAUGAAGGUAAUGAUUCAACCAGAAGAUACAACUGAGGAAACGGUUGCUUUAUCAGCUUUCCACGAGGGUGUUUGCAAACUAGCAUCGUUGUCAGAAGAUAUUAUUAGCGUCGCGUCAGCCUGCGAAGACGAGUUAGUGCGAUGCAUUCUAUCUGUUGACAAAGUAAAGGUAACUUACGAGGCGGGACAAAACAAGCUAAUUGAUUGUGAACUAGCAACGGACAAUUGA